CACUUAAAAAAGGCAUGAAAUUACUAUUGUCGUGAACUUGAUUCAGCCACGAUAAACAGUAAGAACUGCCAACCAGCAGAACGUUCUUUAAAAUUAAAUUUACGUUGCAAAAAUUAGAUUUUAUUAGAAUAGCCUUAACAGUUAUGCAAGUUCCAAUUUCAAACGACUUUCUAACUUCAAGUGACUCUAGCUAGCACUGUAGAUAAUCUGGUCAUUAGUCGUUUUUCUUCCUUGGUAUUCUCGAUACCGAAUCGAAUCAAAGGCUGCCUUUUUGCUGAUAAAUUCUAUCUCGUGACAUCUACACAGCAAAGCACGGUUUGUGUGUGAUAGCCUAAGGGUGUUCUACUUCUGGAACAAGCCGUAUCAAACAUUUAUAGAAAUAUUGGUCAGGAAAAAGCGAGCUAGAACGAGGUGAAGGGAUUUAACAAUCUUGAAUUAAAGCACAACUCGCCCACAGACACUUUCGUAAAUCCAAAAGAUGUUGGAACCACAACAGUAUUGAAUGAUGUGUAAUUAAAUUUUUCAUGAAAAUCAUGGAAGUAUGCUUUUGGAAAUCCUAUUUCUAGGCUUAAACAGGCGUAAUUUAUUCAGAUAGUUGCUAAAACUUUUACGCUUUUGUGGUGCAGUGAUUUCGAACUUACGUACUUUAGAAACAUUGCGUAUGAAUGGUUUUGGUAAGGAUAUUAAGACAGCUUUUGCUAUUUCUAGCAAAAUGUUCGAUUGUGCUGGAAUCUAUUACUGGAAUAUAUAAAAUCGGAGAAGGGUAUUUCUCUUUUGUUAAGCUUCACAAAAAUAGAUAAUUUUUCAGAAUGUUUAUACUGUUUGCAUCAAAGGAUCGAUCCAACAGAGAAUUGAAGAUGUUCUAAAUAAAAGAAUGUCAUAAUGUAAAAAAAAUCAUGAUUGAAUCAAUUUUUUUCUGCUAAUGAAAACCGUAAAGGCGAUUUGUAAAUAGAUUACAGCGAUGGAAGGAGAUAGCUAGGGCCUUCAUGAUUCUUGAUUCCAUUAGCAGAUGAUUGAAGCCGUUUAAAAAACGGUUGACGGUAAUGAUUUUUGAUUGUUAGAAUCUGUUAAUAGAACCAAAGGUGAUGAUUGCGAUAACACGCUGAUGAAAUGAUGAAGGACGUGGUAUGACGUAUAUGUUGAUUAAACUGAACACUUUUUCGUAUGCGAUUAAACAAGAUUGAAUCAAGAUGGGAAGAUAGAGUGCUGGUUUACAAAAAAGAUGAUUGAGGCUUUAUCCAAGCAAUUUACGACCUUGUCAUUCCAAAGCUGAGAGGAUGGCACAGUGGUUAGGGUCGAAAAGUACAGAUCCAUGGGUCUGAGGCUUGAGACCCUGACAUGGUCGAAUAUUCACCAAUAGUGAGGGGAGUCGCCAGCUCUCUGUGGUUCAAGACGGAGGAAUCACAAGGUAUGGUCAUAUUAAGAGAAAGGACCAGGACACUGCUCGGUAAGCAAAGCUUAUCAGUGUCCUUCCUACCUUUGGAACAAGAAUAAUCGUAAAAUUGAUAAUAAUCACGUUCACUUUAUGACGUUUUCAAGUUGUAUCCUUAAUUAGGGUUUACUCUUAAUUUACCUGGAGAGUUUUACGUAAAUGCAAUCAAAUCCCUGAGAUUUUAUGAGCUCUGACUUGUCAAAAGAUUAUCAUUUGAAAUACAAACAGAGUGACGAAGUUUGAGCUUAGUCUUGUUUGUCGAUCUUAAAGCCACCAAGUAAGAGGUCCAAAAAGUUUGAGAAUUUAAAAAAGAUUAAAGAAGCAAGCAACUUUACGUGAACAUUGUAUUUGAUGAUCUGAUGUUAGAUAGAUUUUCAUUAAGUUCACUCGCACUGAAGAUUUUUCACAUCUGUAUUUGAAAUGGCCUAAGAAACCUGAAACUAAAGCGUGUACUUUUAUCAGAAACACAAGCUUGGCUCAUACCCAGAGCCUAGAAAACAUGACCGCGAUAUCGAAGAGAGUGAGGAAAGCUAUCGAAACCAAAAGAUAUUUCAGAACAAUAACGACUCAAUUCUUACGUAAUUUAGAUUUUCCAUAGCCUUCUUCAAAUCAAUUUUAAUCGCAGUUUCACAAGGUACUUAAGUCUUUUGUAACAGUGCAACCAGGCUUAAUGACAGCUAAAAGAAGUUCCUGUUAAUUUAGAAGGAUUAGCUUAUGGUUCAAAUCAACCAUCUUGGCAACCAGACUUUCUGCAAAGUGAAAAUUUCUUUGUGCCCUAACAAAAUUUGUUCAAUGGCAAUGACAAACGUCAACAGUGUCUUCAACCUAGUUUCAAUACAGCCGCAAAUUCAAAAUGCAAUUGUUUCCUAAUUGUGCUUUAUAAAGGCUCUUAAGUUUCUUAUUUUUGUCGAAAUUUCCAUUACUUGUUUCUUAAAGCAAAUUUCCCUAAAAAAUUAAUGUAGUCCUUUUAGCCAACAUUUUAGCCAACCUUCUAGCCAACCUUAUAUCCAACCAUUCUCUCAACUUUCAAAACAACAAUUUUUAACGACAGAUCACUAGCCGCUUUGUGCCAGAGUAAACAAAGGAUAUUGCUUCGAAGAUCAGUUUGCCAGAUGGUUCGCAAAACAGCUGUUUAUUUGAUUUGCAACAUCAGAAACAUGUAGAUCAAGUUACAUAACUAAGUACCUUUCAUCUACGAGAUAACGAAGCCCUUUGAACGCACGAUGCUAAUUAAAAGUGAGCUGUUAAUCGGCAAUUCAUUCAUUUAUCACGGUUAUAUUACUGCAUAUUCAUGUAAACCUUUUAUAAGCUCUGGAAAUAAUCAAUUCUUAUAUUAUUAAAAUGAUUCCUAGGAUUGAAGCGACGAUAACACGUGAAUGACGAAUAUACAUUGUAAUCUUCUAUUUUCUUCGCUGAACGCUCAGGUACUAAGUUUCGGGGAGUAUUGAUUUUAGGGAAUAUCUUAAAAGAGAUAACCAGCAACACGAUAACAGAAUAGUGGAACCCAAAACGCACAAGAAAUAAGGCUACAAGACAAUAUUACACAUUCAGAAGAGAUAACGGGAACUGCAACAAAAAGAGAAUAAUAAAUUAUAAGAGAGAUAAGAUUUUCCAUGGUUUCCUAGAGUUAAUUUUACCUAUGGUCGGAUUUAGAGCACUGUGUUUCAUCUAACAAGAUGGAACACGCAAUAGGACAAAACGCAACGCCAUGAGCUGAUUAACUUGAAAGAGUGUUGCCAAGUAAUAUUCUGAGCGGUGCAUCCUCAUACUUUCUAUGACAACCUUGCCUCUCGAAUAGGCUCCAUUUGUUUCUGGAGAAGUUGCGUGGAUAAGGAAUGAUACAAAGAGCAAAUGUUAAAGGCAGCAGAAACAUAGUAAGCUGGCUUGAAAGAACACUUCGCUUUGUACAGAAUAAUUAAAGAAGUAAAUAAACCAUUGUCAGCAACGCACGAAAAUAGGAAAAUACAAGUAAUACUUGGAGGAUAGCAACAAGUAUGAAACCGGGUGGUCUGCAAUGCUUUUUCUGCAAUACAUGAUACUGCACGUGUUAUGCUGGGGUCAUUGUGUUUCCACGCACUAUAUCACGAAGUUGCAAGGCCAAGAGCAAAAUAAAGAAUUCAGACAAAGCUUUGAGCCUACAAAUGAACAGCACCAAAGCCCUUCAGUGGAUAAUCCAGCAUUUAGUCUCAAUCUUGGUGAGAGGUGGAUCAGCCGAAUCCUGGAUUUGCUUCCCAAGUCACUGAGUAAGCACCAAAACUUGCACAAUAAUAAUGAGAACCAUUUUGGAAGAAGUGAAACUAGAAGAGUUGUGGUAAGACGACGACGGAAAGCAUCAUAUCCUUUGCAAUCAGGAGAGAGACUUGACAUCAUUGAUGAAGAAAAGCUUCGUCCAGCAGGAAUCCUUAAAGCAAGUCCAGCGAGUUCGCUUGGGACGGUUUCGUUGAAAAACGUCCCUAAAAAUGUUUUCGAUUCGAAAUCACCUUCAGUUUUCCUUCCAAUCCAAAAGAUAUUCGCGGAUGUUGGAGUUGGCUUUCAAAAAUACCUAUCGUCAGAUAUAUUUCACGAUAAGAAAGAAGGCAAUGCACGGUCAUUGAACAUUGAAUUGUUGACUGCAGAUGGAAACCAGCUAUUUGAUACCUCAUGGAUAAAGUUUGACCAAUCAAAUUUGAAGCUUUAUGGUUUUCCCUUAAAAGGAAACCAGGACGAGCAUUUAUUCUUGCUCAAAGCCACCAACAGCAAAGGUAAAACAGCUGUUCAGCAUAUCAACGUUGUUGUCUUUGCACUUUCGCCUGUGUUUAAUCACUAUGUUCACAUUUGCACCAAAAUGACCCUAUCUGAAUAUGGAGGCAACGUGGAGCGACGACUGAGGCUUGCGAAAAGUAUUGGAAGUUAUGUUUUUCCAGGAAUCCGAACUGACGAUGUCUGGAUUUGGAAGUUCCAAAAAGGCUGUAUAUUUUUGACAUUUAGACAUCUUCCCAGGCAAGGAGAAUGCGACUUCCAGGCAAUGCGAACUAUACAGCGGAGACUGCAAACGAAAAGAGAGGUAAACAAAGCUUUUCAGCAGGCACUGAAAGGCGUUACGCACAUCGUAUCAGUUAAUAUAACUGUAUUAAAUGAAUGCAAAAGAACAAAUCAGACCAACACGGAUGAUGGGUUAGGUUGGCUUCGAGAUGUUGCACCGGUGUUCAUUUUGAUAGCUGUUGUAGCCGUGCCCACACUUAUAUCGUGCAUUGUUUGUAGAGAGGUGCGAAGGCGUCAGGCUAUGAUGCGACAGUUGCAAGACAAGCGAAUGAAGGAAGACAGGGAGCAAAUGCUGAUACAGGCUGCCGAGUAUAAACACGAGUGCGGAUUCGAUUCAGAGUCUGAAAAUGGAGACAGGCACUCGUUUAGGCCCUGCAGGCAGCAGGAGGAUGACGGCAAGAAAUUCUUUGGCUUCAGUCGAAUAGCUGAUAUAAUAAUACCCGAGGUAGUUAUUGAUACAGUGAAACAGGGAACUGAAAUUCUUAACACAUUCUUACCUCAAGAGGCAUAUGAGAAUGCAGCUACAGACGCCAUUGUGGCCGCACAACGAAGGCUCUCUGCAGUCCAGUCGUUACACCCCAUGCACAAGCUUUUGGAUAUUUCCCAAGAAGAACAAGCUCAACAACAGAUUUCGGUGAAAAACGAGAAUGAGAUCCAAAGGAGAGUAAAAAGUAUUUUGAAAUUUUUAAAAAACCCUCUUGAUAUCACUUCUGUUGUGAAUGAAUUUGAAGGUCAGGACGAUUCUUUUCGUGAAAACGAUCGGGAAAGAAGGAGGCAAUCAAAGACAGCUAAAACCCCUGUUGGCACAUUUAUACCAAACAUUUCCUCGUUAUUCGGCUUAAGCGAGAAUGAAGGAAGGCGAAGUUCUCUGAAGGAGGUAACAGACAAUGUCAGUGCGUCAAUACGGAGUAGGCUUGAAGGCAUAUGGAACAAAGAUUCUAUGCCUGCGAGUCAAACUGUACUUACCAACGCUGCAAUACACGGCACAUGGAAGCCCUGUCCCAGAUGGUUCGGUGACACGGGAAACCAUUCUCAUGGUUGGAUCGGUGAAAACAAUUCUCUGCAUUCUGGAAACGAAUUAAAAAGGAACAUUGCUCAAAGAACACGGGCCAGUUCAGUAAUAGAUUUUGAUAGAGGCUCGGUACCUGGCAUCGUACCUGGCAUCGUACCUUGCAUCGGAGCAAGGUUAAGGAUGGACGAUACGUCACUUGCUGCAAAGGCAGGCAACAGAGCAUCAUUAGAUGGUAAAAUCGAAGAUGAUUUGAGAGGUACAGGACUGAUAAACCGGGUUUUGAAGAGCAAGGCGAUGCUUGAAGUAAAGAAAAAAUUGCUGGAAAGCAAAGAAAAGAGUGGAGAAGAGAUUGAAAUGCAGGAACGAGGACUCGUGUGGCAAAAUGUAAAGAGCUUUUGUCCACAAAAAAUACGAACGGCAACAGAUUUGCAAAAUUCAUCAAACAUACACCAAAGAGAUUUGAAAACCAUACAUUCCAAAUUAGGUAUGCCAGCUGGAGGUAGAAAGAGGGAAGGGCAAACACGGGAUUGCAAUUACGAUGUUUACAGUAAUCUAAAGAGACGGCAUUAUAAAGCUUCGCAAGAAAACGAUGGAGAAAGUAAACAGCGCAACUUGCAUCAGGAGCCUAACUUUUCAGCGACUGCGGUUAAAAAUCAGGCCAUACUCAAGAGCGUUGAUCGCUAUUAUAUAAACAAUGGUGAAAAGCAGGUGAACGAGUAUCAAUCUGUGAUUAGAAGGGCAGAUGGAAGCCUGAACGAAUUAGACUGUCGUUCGUGGAGACAAAACAUUAGUGAAAAGCAAGCACUUGGAAGAGUCUUGCCUAAGUCUUGCGAUUUUUCUAGCGGCGAAAACAACAACGAGUCCAAAGUUGGAGAGCAGCUAGAAGUAACAAUCGUGAAAAAAGGCCUUCGGCAUUACGACCCAGUUUCAGGUAAAUGGUAUCCUGCAUAUUCAUCAAUAAAGAAAAUCAUUCCUGAUUCGAAAAUGUUCUCACUAUUAGAGAGUUUCAAGCGAACAGAACAUGACAGAAUAAGUCGCAAAAAAGCUCUACCGACUGACAGUUCCAUGAAGGGAAAAUUGCAAUGGUACAACCUAGAGACGAGUGCAGAGGUGAGCAAAGAAAGUAAGAAAAAAGAACCGGAAAGACACAGGCGAAAGACAGGGCUCGAUAUAAGUGCUGGAUUUACCGAAUCAAAAUCAAAUCCUGCAUCAAUUUUUGAUCAAUUUGUGGGAAUUCAGUGUGAAGGGCAGAUAAGUCGCAAUCAACAAAACAUCGACAAAUUUGUACACGGAAAAAUGAAUAGGGGCAUUUGGACAGAGAGACAGAGCAACGACGAUGAUGGCGAUGAUUUUUAUCAAUCUUCAGACGAAGAAAUAGAGCAGCAAGGCUUUCUUGACGGCUUUACAAGUGGGCAAAACAACGUGUAUUUUCCGCACGAGCACUUUGACUAUGACAGUUACGGCCUUCCAGCAACGAAUUUACAUGGAACAUCGCUUGAGCAUAAAUAUUUCACACACAGAGAUUCUUUUGCUCCAGAAUUCGGAAGUCGAGGAGCCGUUAUGGAAAGUAGCAACUUGAAUGAAAUGAACUGGCAACAGCAAGACCAGUUUACACAAGAGGGAUCGUUUGAGCUGGACGAUGGAAGAAUGUAUGAAAGAGAAGGAGAAGGGGUUGAUGCAGAAAACGAGCAGAUUGAUACAGAGAAAGAUGCCAAUCACAAUGCACCUGAUGAAUCUAGCUACCAAACAAGAAGACGAAGCUUGACAGACAGCCAGCUACAGCUACAGCAGACAUCUUGUGUGAGAUCGCCGAAUUCACCGACCAAGUCUGAGCCAGACUGUUCAGAAAGAAACAAAAGUAAAGAGGGCAUCCAAAAGGAGCGGCGUAGGUCUUUCCUUGAGCGUCAAAGGAGAGUUGAAAUUCCCGAAAAGCUUUCGCAACAAAAUAAGCAAAAGGAGAGCGUCAAGGUGCAUGUAAACCCUAUGUUCAUAAUAGAGGAGCGAAGCAGCAAAGACGAGACCGACGAGCGGAUCGAAAUUGGUGAUCGGUUUGAUACAGAAAAAGGAAAAAGAUGGCAAACUAGCCGCGGAAGCACGACGCACGGAGACGUACGCACAAGAAAGUUGACGUAUAAUGGACCCUUUCCAACGCCGUACGUCGAAGCAGAGAAGAUACGAAAACAAGACGAAGAUAUCAUCAGGCAUCAGACUAAAGGCUACCUAGAGAGACGCCGUCAGAGUCUCCAACACAUCACUGGGUCUAUCCAGACAGGCAAGACAGUUGCAGACACAGAGCCGAUAGCGAUACAGAAUCGGGCAAAACGUGACGAGGCACCAAAACGCACAGGAAUGCGACGAUUUAGUACACCUAGCAUGGACAGUUGGACAUCUACACCUGAGAAGUAUUACUACGAUGCUACAGGAGAUAACAGCAUAUCGGAGGAAGACGUAGAUUGUGCGGGUUUGAGAAAAGACAAAGAAAAGCCGUCGUUUGCUAGUGGAAGAGGCAGAGCCAGAGAAUACACGCAGAGGCUUCUACAGGGCGUCUCUCCAAAAAUCAGACGCCAUAGCACCACCGUAAUGGGACAGAAAAAUAGUCUGGCGCAGUCUGGAAAUCCAACAAGUGGGACAUUUCUUGAAAAAUUCGGAGAACGGAAGUUUGUUCAAACUAUUCAAACAAAGCUAGGAAAAAAAGAGUCAAAGCCAGACGAACCAAAGUCACCGGUCUUCAAGGAGAAAGAGAAGUUUCUGGAAGAGGAGAAGACUAGCAAAGGAUCUCCUUUAACUGCCAUCAGGAACACACUGUUUUUGUUUAGUGGAGGGAAAUAAAAAACAGAGAUAGCUGAAAAUUUGAUACAACUUGUUUCACAUGACGACUUCCUAGAGUCGAAAAUUUUUAGAAUUAGAAAUUUUCUAAUGUAGAAUCGCAAUGCAUCAAAUAUUUAGUUGACUGAAUUUCCAUAGCCAAAAAUAAAACCUUCCCUUCCUUCCCAUUCCCUUAUUAUUUUUUUCAAAAAUAAAAUUAGCCACCUGCAAUAUUUUGGAUUUAUAAUUUCGAAAUGCUGGCCUAAAUUAUAACUGUUUGAAAAUAUGCCAAGAAAUGUGCAUAGAUUUAAGCAUGUUGCUUCACACAACAAAUAGACUCAGAUAUGUUGCAUGUUAGAGAUUUCUCGAGGUGCCUAUGCAAUUGGUUCCAAAAACUCUCUUUAGGGUCAUAGAAUAAUUUUUCCUCUAACCCGAUUCAUUCUAGCCAUAAUCCAAAAAGCCAAUUGUGCUAGCAAACGUGAGCUAGGGCCCUUUCUUCACCAUGUCAUCUAGCAAUGGAUUGUCCUGAUUAGACUGUUAGAUUUGCAAUAACGUGCUGCAUAAAAUGGCAAUUUGAACAAGAUAUUUCAGUGAGGAAACGAAAACCAUUCCAUAUCUAACCUUAAACUGUUUAUAGCUAAUUUUAACACUGGGCAAUUACAAGCGUCAGAAAUUUCCCUGUAUGCAGCUAUGCACCAUAAAAAGUUUCAUCCUUCCACUGAUAGGUAAAUAAUAAACAGGCACAAGAUUUGUUGACUUAUACUAUCAUGAUAUUAUUACAGAUCAAAAUUCAAACUCAAAAAACGUACCUUAAACGACACCAAGUGUAUCCAGGUGCAAAAAGUUGUACAUCAUUGAUGUAAACUAUCCACGUAAGACGUUCUUUAUGUAUAGGUAAACUUUAAUGUCAGGUAACAUCAGAGAAACUGAAUGAAGAGGGAAAAUAAUAGUACAAGAGUAAUUGAUAUUUUUAAAAUUUUCUGCAUAAGAUGCAGUAUAUAAAACAUUGAAAUUAUUGAUCAAUAUUCAAAGUAAGUAUACUUUUAAUCUAUAAUAGCACAAAUAAGCGAUAAAAUUGUUAAUAAAUUACAAUAAAAAGCGCUUAAAUAUUAUCAAACAUUGGUGAAUAGGAAUGAAAUGAACUUUCAACGUAUAAGAGUGUAUU